AUGGGUCCGGGUGAUCAUGCAGGGGUCCGUUCCGCCGACGGCCGGCUGGAGGCCCUGCUCUCCGGCGGCGGUGGGGCACGGCGCAUGGCGUCGGCCGCGGCGCUGGAGCUGCGGCUGCUUGCUCCGCUGGCCGCGCCGGCGGUGGUGGUGUACAUGCUGAUCAUCGUGAUGUCGUCGGCCACCCAGAUCUUCUGCGGCCAGCUCGGCAACGUGCAGCUCGCCGCCGCCUCCCUCGGCAACAACGGCAUCCAGGUGUUCGCCUACGGCCUCAUGCUCGGGAUGGGGAGCGCGGUGGAGACGCUGUGCGGGCAGGCGUACGGCGCCGAGAAGUACGAGAUGCUGGGCGUGUACCUGCAGCGCUCGACGGUGCUCCUCAUGGCCACCGGCGUGCCGCUGGCCGCCAUGUACGCCUUCUCGGAGCCCAUCCUCCUCCUGCUCGGGCAGUCGCCGGAGAUCGCCGGCGCCGCCGCGGAGUUCGCCUACGGCCUCAUCCCGCAGAUCUUCGCGUACGCGGCCAACUUCCCCAUCCAGAAGUUCCUGCAGGCGCAGAGCAUCGUGGCGCCCAGCGCCUACAUCCUGACGGCCAGCAUGGCGCUGCACGUGGCGAUGAGCUGGGUGGCGGUGUAUAGGCUGGGCCUAGGCCUACUGGGCGCGUCGCUCACGCUGAGCCUGACGUGGUGGGUCCUGGUGGCAGGGCAGUUCGCGUACAUCGUGCUGAGCCCGAGGUGCCGGGAGACGUGGACCGGGUUCACGUGGGCCGCGUUCGCCGACCUGGCGGGGUUCGCCAAGCUGUCGGCCGCGUCGGCGGUGAUGCUGGCGCUGGAGGUGUGGUACUUCCAGGUGCUCAUCCUCCUCGCCGGCAUGCUGCCCGACCCACAGAUCGCACUUGAUUCACUCACCGUCUGCACCUCGAUUCAGUCAUGGGUGUUCAUGAUCUCCGUGGGCUUCAACGCAGCUGCCAGCGUGAGGGUGGGGAAUGAACUUGGCGCCGGGAACCCCAGGUCUGCCGCGUUCUCUGCAUGGGUGGUCACCGCCAUGUCCGCGCUCAUAGCAGUCGUAGCCGGCGUUCUGGUCUUCCUGCUCAGGCACAAGCUCAGCUACAUCUUCACCGGCGGCGAGGCCGUCUCGCGUGCCGUCGCCGAUCUCUGUCCUUUGCUUGUCGGCACCAUUGUGCUCUGCGGAAUCCAGCCUGUGCUAUCAGGUGUUGCUGUUGGCUGUGGGUGGCAAGCAUUGGUAGCAUACAUCAACAUUGGAUGCUAUUACUUCAUCGGCGUACCCCUUGGCGCGCUCCUGGGCUUCAAGUUUGACUAUGGAAUCAAGGGGUUGUGGGGAGGCAUGAUUGGAGGCACGCUCAUCCAAACAAUUAUCCUAUUGUGGAUCACAUUCAGAACUGAUUGGGAAAAGGAGGUCGAGGAGGCGAGGAGAAGACUGGACAAGUGGGACGACGCAAAGCAGCCGCUUCUCGCUAACGUGCAGCGAUGA